ACGUCCACUGUCGCUUUGGCAAGUCACUUCAGGGCGCGAUGGCGCCGAUGAAUGAGUACGCUGCGGUGACAGUGUACUCAUCCCAAGUGAAGUCAGAUGGCGAAGAAAGCGUUCUGGUCGAAACGGGCUCUUUCACUCCCACCCGGUGGUUUCUUGAGCACGGCGCUCAGCAUUCCAAAGGAGCUGGUGGCGAGCGGCCAACGAAGAAGCGAAAACUAAACUAUGUCGAUGGCGAUGUUUCCGAGUCGGAUCCGGCAUAUCAGACUGCUUCAGGAGACGGCAUUGUGAUACAUAGGGUUGCUAUCGACCUGCACUUUCCGGACACACUCAACUCAACUGAUACCACCGACUUUGCGGACUCCGAUUUUGACACGACUCAUGCGAUCAGAGUCGUUGCGCGUGAGAUCAAAGGCGACGGAGAUGGAUGUCAGCUGCGAAUCACGCUGCCGUAUCUACGGAGUCCGGUUCUGUUGAUCUCUUGUACCGAUAUCCCAAACCCUAUCCGCGCUUCUUUGUUGCGGUACAAUCCAUCUCCGAGACAUCUGGAAGCCUGGUAUAGCGAGGCGAAGUCGAAGAAUCACCCAGCAACCGUAUCGGUCUGCUCUCUAAAGCGAUCGAUAGGCGCGGCCGGCACAAUUGUUCGACUAGAGGCCACAACUUCCUGGAAAUCGGGCGUUUCCGCGUUUCCACAAGGCAUGCCUGUCGGCAAGGCCCGGGUGUACGAAGACUAUGCGUGGCUCUUACAUACAUAUCCUGAUCAAGCGAGAGACGAGACGGAGAGCGGGCGCUCGACAGAUUGGUCGCCCAGUGACUUCUACGACAGCGUUCACGUACCAGCAAAGGACCCCGUCCUCCAAGGUCUCUAUGAUGGCGUGCUGGACAGCGAGCUGUACCCCUUUCAAAAGCGUGCCGUUACGUGGAUGCUGAACAGAGAAGGAGUGGCGUUUAAAGACGGUCGUGUGUCACCAUUGCCUCUACCUUCCCAGGGUCAGCUCAGCGCGAACUUUUACCAAUCCGUCACCGAUGUGCACGGAAAUUCUUGCUAUGUCAGUCAUCUCGAGGGUAUCAUGACGCGCACCCCGCCAGUGGAUGAGUGCUGUGUCUCUGGUGGCCUUCUUGCCGAGGAGAUGGGGCUCGGCAAGACUGUUGAACUACUAGCAUUAGUCAGUCUACACAAGCGGUUCGGUAUGCCAUCCGAAGGAGUGAUGGAUGGGUUUUCGGGUACCGUAGUAGCUCCUUCACAAGCGACAUUGAUCAUCACACCACCUUCGAUUCUGCCGCAAUGGCGGUCCGAGCUGAAUCGGCAUGCGCCAGCACUCAGAGUCUUUGAGUACGAAGGCCUCAGCUCGUCCCGUAAGAAGUCCAAACUUGAGCAACAACUGAUUGAAGAUAUGGCCACAAAGUACGAUGUGGUGAUUGCAACCUAUAACACACUUCGCAGUGAGAUACACUUUGCGGAAGACCCACCUGAACGCAACAUGCGACGUACGCCCAAGUUUGAGCGCAAGCGGAGUCCGCUGGUACAGAUACAGUGGUGGCGUAUCUGUCUCGAUGAAGCCCAGAUGGUCGAGUCUGGCGUCACUGCUGCUGCGCGCGUCGCUCGCCGCUUACCUCGAAUUCAUAGCUGGGCAGUCACUGGCACGCCGCUGAGGAAGAACGUUGAGGAUCUUCACGGGUUGCUCAUCUUCUUGAGGCUCAAGCCACUUAGCGACAGCGCCAAGCUAUGGUCGCAUCUAGUCACCAAUCAUCGGCACCUGUUUCGACGAAUUUGGAGCGAAUUCGCCUUACGUCACACGAAGGCGUACAUUCGCGAUGAGCUACACCUGCCUCCGCAGAAGCGCGUUGUACUGACAGUCCCGUUCUCAACAGUCGAGCAGCAGCAUUACUCCACCCUCUUCGGCCAAAUGUGUGAAGAUGUUGGCCUCCACGCAGACGGCUCACCUGUGAGCGGCGACUGGGAUCCUCAUGACGCUGCUACCAUGGAAGCAAUGCGCGCCUGGCUUGUGCGCUUGCGCCAGACGUGCCUUCAUCCACAGGUGGGUGGCAGGAACCGUAAAGCGCUUGGUCGUGGUCAGGGCCCUUUGCGGACUGUAGCCGAAGUGCUCGAAGUCAUGAUCGAGCAGAACGAGACCGCGGCACGUACCGAGGAAAGACUGCUGCUCGCAUCGCAAUUGCUCCGUGCGCAUAUUGUUGGCAACAAUGGUGAUGAUGAGCAUCGCAGCGAAAAGGCUGUCGAAAUCUACACAAACGCCACGACAUCAAGCACUGCAGUAGUCCAAGAAGCUCGUGACCGGCUGACAGCAGCAAAAGCGGCUAUGGCCGCCAAAGGCGAGGUCACGUCCGAUAGCGAAGGCGAAGAUUCUGCUUCGGAAGGCUUGCCGCUUUUAGGUCGUCUGAGGAACAACCUUCGAACAGCGCUACAGCUGCAGCAUGCUUGCACGUUCUUUGCGGCAACCUCGUAUUUCCAGAUCAAGAGCAACGAACAUCUGACUGCACCAGAGUCUGACGACUUCAAGCGACUUGAACAGCAAGAGACAGAUCUUUAUGACGCAGCUAAGCAAGUCCGGCGAGAAGUUUUGAAGGAGUCGUCGCGCAAAGCGGAAGCUACGAUGCGCCAGAUAAACGACAUGGGGCUCAAGCGCACGCUAACCCUACUGCCUCACAUCGAAGAUCUCAGAGUUGGCGGCAUUGAGGGGAGGAAGCUUGUCGAGAAAGCUGAUGAGCUCUUCGACCUUAUUCGCGACCAGGGACAAGUGCUUGUGCAGUGGCGAAAGAAAAUGGCCGAGUACUUGCUGAAGCCGCUCGUUGACGAGGACGAAGAAGGUGUCGAAACGACAGGCGAAGAGUACGAAAUGUCAACGAAGCAGCAAGAUGAGCUUUAUGUUUAUUUCGAUGCCUUCAAGGCCAUGCACUCCGAUCUCAACACAUUUAUAACUGGCGAGAGUGCUCCGCUCAUAGAUCACGAAGUCAAAGAACUCAUCAAAGCCGCAAAGUCCUUCCUGGAUCCGGACAUUGAGACUGGAGAUGCUGUUGUACACGCUCCGGACUUGCUACUUCAGUUGCUGGAAGUGAGAAACAAGUUCAGGGUUUACAAGGAUAAGAUUGGCUCCGUCCGCGGCCUGAUCCAAGAAGCACGAACAAUGGAGGGCUCACUGUACCUCGGUAGCGGUCGAGGUGUGACAGAGCGAACCCUUGUGCAACGCCACCUAGCCCAGCUUCAAAGCAUCUUCAAGGACUGGACAAAGGUACUAGCAGGCUUGGAGAAAGAGCUUGAACUGUUUCGAAAAGCACAAAAUCAGCGACUGGAGUUCUACCGGCAGCUUCAAGAGCUUUCUGAUGCCGUCGCUCCCUAUAAAGAGGUGCUUGACCCGACGCUGGACCUGCACGCACUUGAAGCCGCAGCAACCAGAGAAGAGAAGCAGUCGCGAACUCUUGCACAGUUAAAGACAAAGAACCGCUUCUUGCUGCAUCUCCGUGACGAAAAUGGCGCACAGGCCGAGCGGAAGAUUUGCGUCAUCUGUCAACAAACGUUCGAGAAUGGUGUGCUCACUGUCUGCGGUCAUCAAUACUGCAAAGAGUGCAUACAGUACUGGUGGAACCAGCACCGGACCUGUCCUGUGUGCAAACGCAAGCUCACACUCAACGACUUCCACAACAUCACAUACAAGCCUCAAGAGCUGAAGGCGCAGGAAGAAGUUCAGGCCGGCACGUCAUCGCCUGGAUCUGCGACUUCGAUCUCGCAAUCACCCCUCCAGUCCUCGAUCUACUCGGAUGUAGAUUCGACGCUGAUGGAUGAGAUCAAGUCAAUCGACAUACCGGCCAGCUACGGCACGAAGAUUGACACGCUUGGCAGACACCUGCAUUGGAUUAGAGAGCACGAUCCAGGCGCGAAGUCUGUCGUCUUCUCGCAAUUCCGUGAGUUUCUGGAUGUUCUCGGCACGGCGCUAUCCGAAUUUAAGAUCGGCUAUAGUAGGCUUGGUCGGAACGGCGCCGUUGAGAAGUUCAAGCAUGACCCAAGCAUUGAUUGUCUCUUGCUGGAUGCGAAGACGGACUCCUCCGGCCUGACGUUAGUCAACGCCACACAUGUCUUUAUUUGCGAGCCGUUGAUUCAGACGGCUGUUGAGCUACAAGCAAUUGCCCGUGUGCAUCGCAUCGGCCAGACCCGGCCAACGACUGUCUGGAUGUACCUGGUAAAUGACACCGUGGAGGAGUCCAUCUACGAGAUCUCGGUCACGAGACGCUUAGCGCACGUACAGUCCCAACACCAGCAUGGUAAGUCACGCUCUGCGACGCCUGCGCCGUUGCAGGAGACUGCAAUUGAUGCAGCCAACUCCGAGCAACUGCAAUCGGCACCGCUGUCUAAGCUCUUAGUAGCUGGCAAAGGUGGAGGAGAGCUGGUUGGCGAUGACGACAUCUGGCGCUGCCUUUUCUCUGGCAACGCUCAGAAGUUGCUAUCGAAGCCAAGCGUGGAGGUGGAACAGGCGGUUGGCAGGCAUUUGCGAGCUGCGGCUGCAGAGCAACGGGAGGCAGAAGGUGCCGCAUGAUGUGAAGUGGGAGAAGGGUCAAUCUAAUGUUGUGCUCAUGUUAGCCUCCGACCAACGUGCUGGAACCUGAGCUACUCUGCACCGAAGCUAUGUUCUAGUUGUCAGCUAAUCCGAAGUUGGCCGCGGAUCUCACUCUUACCUGGUCUCCAUCGAAACCAUAAUAUGUUGUCUAUGCCUAGCCUUCAAUGCUGUGGCGACGUUGACUUCUGUCACACUUGGGAAUUCGUUCGUGAGUUUCGCGCGUCCUUGCCGCUUUUCGAUCCACCUCCCCUUCUUUGCGCAGCCUCGCGCACACUUGCGGUUGCUGACUCGAACUUUCACCGUCGCCAACACAGAUCUGACAGGCUUUCAAUGCUGGAGGUGCCUUUGUGCACAUCAUGCCCAGCUUGCGAGCACUACAGCAUCGAUAACGAGCUGGACCGCCUGAUGCAGCAAGCGCCAGUUGUUGCACUUGGCGUCUCCGCAUGCAUGUGAAUGGCUCGCAUGGUUCAC